GCGGAACCUUUCUGUCCGAGUGAGCCAGGGCUUUCCCCCUUCCCUUUUUUUUUUUUUUUUUUUCUCCUUCUUCUUCUUUCCUUUUCUCCUUAAUCAGAAGCCCUGAAUGAAAGCCAAUCAGAGAGAGAGCGUUCGCCCUGGUUUUCCUCGGUUCCCUGCCGUCCAGAGUUAAAAGUGAUGCCGAGAGAGAGAGCUUGAGUUAGACCCAAGUAGAAGCAGAGGUAGAAAAUAACAGCAGAAAACAAACAGAAAGGGCACCUGGCACAAUUUCUCCAGGGUUACACUGGCCGGAACCAACUUCCGUUACCCAGAAGCUGAUAAAACAGCAAGCCUUUGGAAAUGUUGGAAACCAGCUGAAACACAGUGAGGUCUGCUCCAGUAAAUGAAGAUUGCUUUCUCUUAACUCACAGUGGGACGUGAGAAUUGAAGCAUGGCACUAUACCAGUUAUUGAGACUAUUUUUGCUCUGGGCAUGCCUGCCACACUUCUGCUGUCCAGAGAUAAUGUUCAGAAGGACUCCUGUGCCACAGCAAAGGAUUUCAGAUGCACAUGUGCCAAGGAGUGAUGGCAAAAUCCUUCACCGCCAGAAACGUGGUUGGAUGUGGAAUCAGUUCUUCCUGCUUGAGGAAUACACAGGAUCUGAUUAUCAAUAUGUAGGGAAGCUUCAUUCAGACCAAGAUAAAGGAGAUGGAUCACUCAAAUAUAUUUUAUCUGGAGAUGGAGCUGGCACACUUUUUAUUAUUGACGAAAAAACAGGUGAUAUUCAUGCCACACGAAGAAUUGACAGGGAGGAAAAAGCCUUUUAUACUCUGCGUGCUCAAGCUAUUAACAGAAGAACUCUGAGGCCAGUAGAACCAGAGUCUGAAUUUGUGAUCAAAAUCCACGAUAUCAAUGACAAUGAGCCAACAUUUCCCGAAGAAAUUUACACUGCCAGUGUUCCUGAGAUGUCCGUUGUAGGAACUUCUGUGGUACAAGUUGCAGCUACCGACGCGGAUGACCCUUCCUACGGGAACAGUGCCCGAGUCAUUUACAGCAUCCUUCAAGGGCAGCCCUACUUCUCGGUGGAGCCUGAAACAGGUAUCAUCAGGACAGCUUUGCCAAACAUGAACAGAGAAAACAGAGAACAAUACCAGGUGGUCAUCCAAGCCAAAGAUAUGGGUGGUCAGAUGGGAGGCUUAUCAGGAACCACCACAGUGAACAUCACGUUGACAGAUGUGAAUGACAACCCGCCUCGCUUCCCUCAGAACACUAUCCAUCUCCGGGUUCUCGAAUCCUCCCCCGUGGGCACAGCUGUUGGAAGUGUAAAAGCGAAUGAUGCUGACAUUGGGAAAAAUGCUGAAGUCGAAUACCGAAUUAUUGAUGGUGAUGGGACAGAUAUGUUUGACAUAAUAACUGAGAAAGACACGCAGGAAGGCAUCAUCACUGUGAAAAAGCCCCUUGACUAUGAAAGCAGAAGGCUUUACACACUGAAGGUGGAGGCAGAGAACACACAUGUGGAUCCACGUUUCUAUUACCUGGGGCCAUUCAAAGACACAACGGUUGUGAAAAUCUCCAUAGAAGAUGUGGAUGAACCUCCUGUUUUCAGCAGAUCUUCCUAUCUCUUCGAGGUGCAUGAAGAUAUUGAAGUGGGCACAAUCAUUGGCACUGUCAUGGCAAGGGACCCAGAUUCCACUGCCAGCCCCAUAAGAUUUUCUUUGGAUCGGCAUACUGACCUUGACAGAAUCUUUAACAUACAUUCUGGGAAUGGAUCACUUUACACAUCAAAGCCACUAGACCGUGAACUAUCUCAGUGGCACAAUCUUACUGUUAUAGCUGCUGAAAUCAAUAAUCCCAAAGAGACAACUCGUGUAGCUGUUUUUGUGAGGAUUUUGGAUGUUAAUGACAAUGCCCCACAAUUUGCUGUUUUUUAUGACACUUUUGUAUGUGAAAAUGCCAGACCAGGACAGCUAUUUUAUCAAGAGAACAGUAUUGCAAUUUUUAUUGUAAAACUGAAAAUGGAACAAAUGGAUUGA